UUUAAAAAUUUAAGCGUAAAAUUUUCAUUUUCAGGAACUUGAUUCAAAAUGAGAUCUCUCAACUUCAACUUGUUUCAAAUCGAAUUUGCAUGCAUUUCGCGUUUUCUUCGUUUGCUCACGUUAGGAAUCUGACUCACAAUAAGCUGAUCCAGGCUGAUCUUUCCGUAUUGCAAUUCUCAGAAGGUUUUGAUUCUGUUGAUUCCAAUUUUUCAAAAGCCGCAAAUCUUAAAUAUUUUUUUAUGUAUCAAAUAAAAGACCUGGCACUGGUAAUAUUAAAUUUAAUGCUUAAUUACACGAUUCAAUUCACAUAAAUUCUCAAUUUAAUUAAGAAUGGAAAUAUUGCUGACUUAAAGAGAGUCUAUAAGGUCUAUAAAAACCUAGAAACUGCAAUGAGCUUGGAUUGACUUUGAAGAAAAAAAUGAAGAUUGCAGUUAUUGCCUUAUUGACUUUUUUCCUGCUGGUUGCAGUGGUAGAAUGCAAUCCGCGCGAGAGACACGACGACUAUCGGGAUAGGAGUGAUGAUACAUUCUUUAUCAGUCCACCACAUCACCGUAGACAUGGACAUGGUCAUGGUCAUGUCCAUGGCCAUGGUCAUGUCCAUGGUCAUGGUCAUGGUCAUGUCCAUGGUCAUGGCCAUGUGCAUGGUCAUGGUUAUAGAAGGGGCGAAAAGCCGCCUCAUCAUCAUGGAAAACACAAGGGACAUCACGGACAUCAUGGAUUUUACCGUAGACGAGAUUUUUAUUAUUGAAGCAUUGAAUGGGAAAAUUAUAUCCUUGAAAAUUAUGUGGAGGACAACUUGAGGGGUAUAAUCAGUAAAUUAAUAAAAUGCCUUCCAGCUGGAGUUCAAUA